GAAAGGUCGAACCGGAAGUGCUACUCGAAGUUCUGCCUAGCUAGCUAGUGUCGUUGCUUCAGCAACAGCUGCUAAAUUAGCUAUUUUUGUGCUUCUGUCAACAUCGACACAUCGGCAACUAUCUGUUGGAUGGUGACCGGCGCUGGGACUUGGCUCAAACGAAGGCAGGCAACUUUAAACUAAACGUGCAGCCACGGUUAUCUGCUAGUUAAAAUUCUCAACCUCGCCCACUAGCAUAGCGAACUGUUAACCUUGAUCUGCUAACAGCCUGUGCAGUGCAGCCGCUAACUCAGCCAGGUUAGCUGCACAUAGCCUCAUUACCAGUACAACUGAAGUGAUGCAACAAAGGUAUAGCCAUUGUUGAACCCUCACAAUGGCAGGUUCCCAGUGGGAGCUUCCUCCAGAGCUAUGUUGUCGGCCCAUGGCCUUUGUGGCUUUAACAGGUCUGGAUGUGGUGUAUAAUGCUGUGCACCGGGCCAUUUGGGAUGCCUUCUGUGCCAACCGGCGCGCUGACAGAGUUCCUAUCUCUUUCAAAGUCCUCCCAGGAGACCAUGAGUACCCCAAAUGUCGCACUAAGCGAACGUCCUAUGAGUGGUACAUCCCUAAAGGCAUCCUGAAAACAGGUUGGAUGAAUAAACAUCUGAACUUAGUGCCAGCUCUGGUUGUUCUUUUCUAUGAACUGGACUGGGACGACACACAGUGGAAAGAGAAACAAUCCGAAUGUGCAACUAAAGUGGAGAUUGUCAGGACCAGUCUUCAGGGCAGGAACACCAAGGUGGCUGUGGUUCUUAUCCAGAAGAAAACUCCUCUACCUCCAGGAGAGGACCUGGUUGCAUCAGAGAGAGCAGCAGCUCUUUGUAACGCCUGUGAUCUCUCUGGCAAGAGUCUCUUUGUACUGCCACACACAGACCACUUAGUGGGCUACAUUAUAAGGUUGGAGAAUGCUUUCUAUGAACAUGCUCAGACGUACUACUAUACUGAGAUACGUCGAGUCAAAUCACAUAAGGAGUUCCUCAACAAGACAACACAUCAGCUGCUGUUUGUGAGACACCAGUUUAAAAUUGCGUUCUUCAGUGAGCUGAAACAGGACACCCAGAAUGCUCUCAAGUACUACAGAACUGCAUACAGUCUUGUUCAUGAGCUCAGAGCCCAUGAGACCAACAUGUUGGAGAUCAAAACUAUGGCUGGCUUCAUCAACUAUAAGAUCUGUCGGCUGUGCUUCCAGCAUAACACUCCUCUGGAUGCUAUAGCUCAGUUCAGGAAGCACAUUGACCUGUGUAAGAAGAAGAUCGGCAGUGCUGAACUGGCCUUUGAGCACGCCGCAUGGAUGUCUAAACAGUUCCAGUCCUUUGGUGAGCUGUUUGAUGAAGCCAUAAAGUUGGGUCUGACUGCCAUCCAGACCCAGAACCCUGGUUUCUACUACCAGCAAGCUGCUUGUUACAGCCAGGACAGGAAACAGCAGGCACAACAGCUUUGUCAGGGUGGAGCGAGUCAUCCAUCCACCGAACCAUCUGACACCCAGAGUGGAGGACUGGACUUCUAUGGCCAGAGACUCUGGAGACAAGGACACCAGAGUAUUGAUCCUCCAGAUGCAGAGAAGGAGAAGACGGGGAUUCUGGCCCUGCAGAUUAAAGAGAGGGAUGUACCACAUUCUGAGCUGAUAAUAGCACUUCUCAGUAACGCUGUUGCCCAGUUUAAGAAGUAUAAGUGCCCUCGAAUGAAAAGUCACCUCAUGGUGCAGAUGGGAGAAGAGUACUACCAUGCUAAAGACUACACCAAAGCCCUAAAGCUGUUGGACUAUGUGAUGUGUGACUAUCGCACAGAGCGGUGGUGGGGCCUCCUGACAGCCAUAUUGACCACAGCUCUGCGUUGUGCUUAUCUAAUGGCCAGUGUUAAAGACUACAUCAUAUACUGCAUGGAGCUGCUGGGCAGAGCUUCAACCUUGAAGGAGGAACAAAAGUCGAGGAUUGAGAAGAAUCUCAUCAGAGUCCUGAUGAAUGAGGUUCCUGAUGCUGAGCCUGAGUGUGAUUCAUCAUCUAUCAGUACAGCCAGGUCACUGUGGAGUGACCGCAUGUCUUUGGCAGGAUCCAAGGAGCUGACUAUAGAAGUGCAGGACUAUAUCCCAUUCAUCCAGUGUAAGGCUAGGUUCCAGUCUCCCAGUUUCCAUGUAGACCAGCCGAUCCAACUCCAGGUUUUCCUCAGAGCUGAUUGUCCUCAUCCUGUAUCGUUCAACAAGCUGGCUGUCAGCCUCAGUAACCAGCAACAUGGAUCAACCAAAUGUUGUUUAUUUCAGGAGUACAACCAGUGGUGUGUGGUGGAAUCUUCAGAUCAAAGGAAUAUGAGCCUUUUGCCAGGAAAAACCAAAAUGUACAACUUCAGCUUCGUAGCAAAAACUGAAGAUGUUGGCAAGAAGAUUGAGAUGACAGGUGUUGAACUGAUGCUGGGCAGUGAAGGCCGCUGUGUAUUUGUGAGCUGGAGAGGGGCGGGUGGAGAUGCAGCCUCCGCCCAUGAAGCCUUGCAGGCUGGCAGGUCAUCACGUCAAUGGGGGCGCUGCAUGGAGGCACGUCAGGAGCCGGACUGGGACAGCCUGAGCAUGCAGCACAGCACAAUGAUCAUCUCCAGAGUCCCAAAGAUCUCUGUUCAGCUGGGCCACCAGCCUCCUGCACUCAACAAUGAAAUGUACUGCAUCAACCUCACUAUCCAAUCACAGGAGCAGGGCAUUGCAACGGAUGUCAAACUGACAGCUGGCCUCAAACCAGGCCAAGAUGCCAAUCUAAGCCAGACCACACAUGUGACACUGGAUGGCUCAAAGGUGUGUGAUGAUGCUGCACCUGCCCUGCUCCCUGAUGUCCCUCUAGGAGAUCUAAAACCAGGAGAAAAGUUGGAGAAAUGUGUAUAUGUGAAAUGUGUGUCAACUGGUCCGAGGGUCUUCCUGUUCCAUGUGGCCUAUAGCAUUGAUACCACAGUGGAAGGACGACAGAUUGUCUGCAAAUGUCAUAAGGACGAGACCGUUACCAUUGAGACAGUGGUCCCAUUUGAGGUGUCUGUCAAGUUUUUGUCCACCAAGUUUGAGCCAUUGGACCGGUUAGUGGUGGACAUACCCUUCCUGUUGAUGACAGACAUCCUCUCCUCGUCUCCCUGGCCUCUUCUGCUGGACUCAUCCUCUCUGCAGUUGCUUACUAUGACCAGCAACACACCACAGCUUCAGUCACAGCUGCAGGAAGUGGUUCUCCAGACAGGCGAAUGUGCCAGUGAGUGUUUCUGUCUCCGGUGUCCAUCACAGGCCAACAGCAAUAGCACUGUAGCUACUGGACAGUACCUGAUAUCAUGGAGGAGACAGUCGUCCAGUGCAGACAGUCCUCUGAUCCAAACUACAGUCACUCUACCUCAUGUCAUCCUGGAGUCUGUCCCGCUUUACAUCCAUGCUGAGUUACCAUCAUUCGGACGAGUCAGAGAGUCUCUUUCAGUUCGUUACCAUAUAGAGAACAGAACAGCUUUGGUGCAGGAGGUGGAGAUGGCUGUUGAACCCUCUGAUGCCUUCAUGUUCUCUGGACUCAAACAGGUCCGUCUGCGUAUCCUUCCUGGCUCUGAGCAGCAGAUGCUGUAUAACUAUUACCCGCUGAUGGCUGGUUACCAAACACUACCACAGCUCAACAUUAGCCUGCCCCGCUGCCCAACCACCAACACACACACACUGAGACGCUUCCUGCCCCACCGCAUCUUUGUCAAGCCUCAGGGUCGACAACUGGAUGAUGCCUCCAUUGCUGCAGCAUGAGGAGAACACUCAAACUGUUUACUGUAAAUAUGAAAACAAAGCAAAAUUAUGUAGGUUGUUUUAGAUGUACGAUUCCUUGUGGAUGACAUGAUUAACACUAUUUGUUCCACAUUGUUGUAUAAAAAUGCAGCAGGAGAGGUAUCUGUUGACCAAACAUGAGAAGAUAUCUGUGUCCGGUGUUGCUGUUGAGAGUGAAUGAGAUAACAGGAUGAGCAUUAACAAACUGAUACACUGAUGCUCAUUUAACAGUGAAAAUCAUAGAUUAAUCUGAUGUGAACUAUAUGGAUGUUUGGGUAUAGUUUAAUACAUGAAAAUCAAAUGUGAUGAAACUUUGAUUAAAUUGAAGUGAUGUAAACUA